ACCGCUCGCUCUGCCCCAGGAUGUCUGUCCUCCAUGGCGUCCUCUCCCUGGUCCCCAGCUGGGCCGACCUCUGUCAGAUCCUGUGUGUGGCCGGUACAGGGCUGGUUGCCGUGGCGGCAGUGUGGACGGUGAGGUUGUUGGUGCAUCACGCCUGGUUCACACGCAGACUGUCAGGCUUCAGCAGGCCGCAUGCAGACUCUUGGCUGAUAGGUCACCUGGGCCAGAUGCAGAGCACGGAGGAGGGUCUCCUCCAGGUGGACGACCUGGUGCAGAGGUACAAACACUCCUGCAGCUGGUUCCUCGGUCCUUUUUAUCACCUGGUCCGAGUCUUCCACCCGGACUACGUCAAACCUCUGCUCAUGGCGCCCGGCAACAUUACAGUGAAAGACGAACUUAUCUACGGUCACCUGCGUCCAUGGCUUGGACAGAGUCUGUUGAUAAGUAACGGGGAGGAGUGGUUUCGCAGGAGGCGGCUGCUCACUCCUGCUUUUCAUUUCGAUAUCCUGAAGAGCUACAUCAGCACGUUCAACACCUCGACCAACACCAUGCAUGGUAAAUGGCGCCACCUGGUGGCAGAGGGCAGCACCAACGUGGAGAUGUUCGACCAUGUCACUCUGAUGACUCUGGACAGUUUACUCAAAUGUGCCUUUAGCUACAACAGCAACUGUCAGGAGUCGAGCAGCGAGUACGUGUCAGCCAUAGUGGAGCUCAGUGACCUCAUCAUAGAGCGCCGCCAAAAGAUUUUGCACCACUGGGACUGGAUUUACUGGAAAACCCAGCAGGGGAAACGGUUCAAACAGGCCUUGAGUGUUGUGCACAGGUUCACAAGUGACGUGGUUCAGAAGCGCCGUGCCCUCAUCAGCCAGCAGGGGGAGUCAGAAACUGAUUUCACCACGGCGUCACAGAGCAAGAAGGACUUUGUGGACCUCAUACUGCUGUCAAAGGAUGAGGAUGGAAAAGGCCUCACAGAUGAGGAGAUACAGGCGGAGGCCAACACCUUCAUGUUUGCAGGUCACGACACAACAGCCAGUGCAAUUUGCUGGACGCUGUACAACUUAGCGCGCCACGCCCACUACCAGGACCAGUGCAGGCAGGAAGUGAUGGAAGUGAUGCGAGGACGAGAUGGACGUGGACUAAAGUGGGAAGAUCUGUCCAACCUCAGCUUCACCACCAUGUGCAUCAGAGAAAGCCUUCGACUCCACUCUCCGGUUCAGGCCGUAACGAGGAAAUACACCCAGGACAUGCAGCUGCCGGGGGGACGCACAGUUCCAGAGGGUGCCAUUUGCUUGGUCAGUAUCUAUGGAACACACCACAACCCCACAGUCUGGACAAACCCACAUGAGUUUAAUCCUCUGCGUUUUGACCCGUCUAACGCAAAAGGUCGAGCGUCCCACGCCUUCCUCCCCUUCUCCUCAGGCCCCAGGAACUGCAUCGGUCAGAAGUUCGCCCUUGCAGAGCUGCGAGUCGUCGUGGCGCUGACUCUCCUCAGGUUCCGCCUGACCCCGGGGGUGAACCCUGAGCUUGGCAGCAGCUCCGGAGGCGUCCGCCGCCUCCCUCAGCUCGUCCUGCGCGCCGAGGGAGGCCUGUGGCUGCAGCUGGAGCCUCUGGCUGCAGAGGAGGGGGCACAGACUGAAUGAUGGCACGCUCAGCUGAGAAUUUAGCACUGUUCCUGUUUGUGUUUACUGUGUUGUUUCCAAAUGCAUGUUCAACCUUUGUUUUUCUAGCAUAACUUCAGGCUAUUCAAUCACAUUUUGUUUUUUGAAAUUCCAUUUCUCUGGUCUCCUUUUUUCCAAAGAAACUUAAAGAAUUAAAUGAGACGUUUAUGUUAUACCAGGAUUGAACCACUUGAGGGCAGCACAUCGACACGUUACACUCGUGGAACAUUUGCUUGAAUGCUUUACAGAAGCUUUUCAAUGGCUCUAUCAUUUUGUAUAUAAAUAAUUACGUAACUGCCAGGUUUGUAUUUUGUAUUUAAAAGCAUUUUAAACAUCAGUAUGUGCACAUUUUAUUAUUAUAAACUACCAGUGACUGCAGGUCACUACAGCCUCAGCCUCUUAAACAAAUAUAAAUACAGACCUACCUAAAGUUUAGCAGGGGGCACAUGUAUUGUGUAUAUAAACUUACUAAUUAAAGUUAGGAUUAAUUGGGUUUUAAACAUUAACAACAGCCUCUGCUCAAACUUCUGCUGAUUCUGCGACACUUUAACACUUUAAAUUCAAUUUGACACCAACUGUUUUCAGCUAAAUUAAACAAGAGGAUGAAUUUGGUUUAAAUGUAAUAAUCCACAAUCUGGAUGAGCUGCUGAGUCACUGUCCAGUCAAGGACUAAGGAGGAG